GCUUCCCUCACUGGAUCCUUCCUUACAGCAGAUGGCAGCGCUCCAGAACCUGACCCCGGGGAGAAGAAAAAUCCUGAGAAACCUCCAAAGCCAAUCGGCGUUGCUGCUGUUAGCCAGGAGAAUGUUACUCCAGAAGCAGCUGCAGAAAAAACAUCCCACAGGAGAGCAAGCUCUGUGAAAAGCCAAAAUGCCACCGGCUCUCAAACCAAACGUCGCUCUUGGCGUCGCUCAAGCCUGAAGGGGACGAAACGCCGGAAAUCUCUGCCUCCUUUUCAUCAGGAUGUUACUGAGUUGAGCCAAGCAAUUAGCCUGGACCUGCCGGAAACGGAUCGCCUUUCUAUGCUGUUGUUGUCCAGCUUCCAGUUCUCUGCACAGAAGCUUGAACACAUCUUGGAGCAGACGGAGGGCUUCAGUCCCGAGGCUUUCAAAACCAACGUGAGCUCGGUUUCAGAAGACCUGAAGCGAUACAUAGAGAAACUGAAGCUGGACGGAACCCUGAGGAGCUGCGUCGAGAAAGCUGAAGGGGCUUCGUCGGACGCUGUUUCAGACGAGUCAGUGGGCAAGGCUAAGGAGUACAUUGCCAGGUUUUCUGCUGAAUGUCAGGCGUGGGAUGAGCUCUUGCAGCGCUACCAGAAGGAUGCUGAGGAGAUGUCCAGGCAGCUGGAGGAGUGCAGGAGCAAACAGGGACGGGCAGAGCCUCCGAAUUACCUGCAGACAUCUCAGGCCGAAGUGCUCAGCACCAAACCCAACUACCAGAGGAUCCUGGAUGAGCAGGGAGAGGUGCUGAGCUGCAUGGAGCUGGUGCUUGACGAACUGCAGCAGGCGGUGAAGCUGCUGCAGGCUUUUGGCGAGGACAGCAGCCAGUACCUGCGGGGCCUGUCCGAGCGGCUGGCCGCACGGACCUUCCGCCAGCUGGAGAACUCGCCGGUGCGGAAGCUGAUCGCAGCCCCGGGGCGGAAAGCACCCCCGGAGGGCUGAACUGGUCCGAACUGGGCUGAACUGGGGCGCUGCGGGUGCAGUGCUCUCAAUAAACGGCCCCGUGCGGGCGAAGUGCG